AUUUAUUUCCGUUCACGCCGCAUAUCUCAUUUCCGUCUUCGAUUGCCGAGCCAUUCGAGACGGUAAACACCACGAUAUUAAUAGCGGACCACAAUUAAUUACCUUCCCAACCAACAUCACCACCAUCAGCAUUUUCUUUCGUUUUCAUUUCUGUCUCUCCAGUUCACUUCUCCCCACGAUCCAUACUUCGCAGACGAUUCAGCCCGCAUUCCGGAAGCCAGGGAGGUAUCUCUCUCUUUCCCUUAGGAUGAAAUGCACGUGAAAUCCAAAACCGAUGGCCCGCUACAAGCAGCCGAAGUAGCCGUCACCGAUCAUCACGCCGGCCGCCGUUCCCUCUGGCGCCAAUGGACUCGCCCUUACGCUCGGCUCUCCUGCCUUCAACUUGACGCGAGCUUCACGGCGGGGCCCGAUUCUGCCGGAUGUCUGCUGCUGACGUUUUUGCGGCUUGUGCACUGGAUGCUGCAUGUUCAACAAGUGGUGGCAUCAGCCAGGAUAGCUCACACGUAUCCCUUCAGGCUGUAGUCGAGGAACGGGUGGUGGGCGAGCCAUGUGCUACGUGAUCGUGACGUCACGCACGCUCCUGUGGACGCUGCUGACGGUGGCGACGACGUUGGCUAUGCUGGCGGCCGUCGUGACGCCCACCUGGUUGAUAGGUAUGCCCAAGAAGCCCCUCAUCCGCGGAAGAGUGCCACAGGCACCGCUUUACAGGCCGUCCAUAGGCAUCUACAACCGAUGCGUGAAGCUCCACCAGAUAGACGAGCUCUUCACGGACAACUGCGCCCCAUUCGUGACGUCACUCGGCAUGCCAGGCGAUGAGUUCCCCUCCCUUUGGAAGGCAGCGCUUCUGCUCUUCGGCUGCGGCUUGACGCUCAUGGGCUGCACCUGUCUCACAGCUCUCCUCGGAUGCUGCUUACGCAGCGUGGGCAAGAAGAGCAUCUUUACCGUGUCCGGUACAGUGCAGGCCAUUGCCGGGCUGAUGUUCCUCUUGGGCCUGUUGCUGUACCCAGCUGGCUGGGGUAGCCGCCGUGUGCACACCAUCUGUGGUCCCGAUUCGGAGCCUUUCAUGCUAGGAGGCUGCUCCGUUGGUUGGGCUAUGUAUCUAGCCAUUGGUGGCACAGUGGUGACAUUCCUGUGUUCAGUGCUCUCCAUCCAAGCUGAGCUAUCUACAUCGAGCGACAAAGUGCAGGACGAAAUCUUACAGGGGAAGAAUCUCAUCUGCCUUAUCUAGAGACGGUUGAUAAUCUGUGCUUCGAGAGACUGUCGUACUUGUCGACACUGCCCCAUCGCCAUGCGAAAGCUCUGGAAAGCUCGACGUGAAAAGGCCAACACCAUUAUGGGAACAGUCCAGAAUGUCCCCAGGACAUCAUUAUCGCGCUACGCUGUGUCAUAAGAAAUAGCGAUCACAUUUCAUACUGUCCUUUGAAGUGUUGAUCCAAGAACGGUUAAAGCCGAAGCUUUCCGUGGAUAAACUUUACAGCGCUGUCUACAACGUUCGAGUACCUUACUAUGGUCAGACAUGCCAGAACUUCGGAUGUCCUCUGCUUUCGUACACGCGCUAUAGGAAUCCGUAACGACUUGACCUUCUUAUAAAGCUACGGUUACUUGUCUACGCAAUACCAAGAAAUAGUGCCAACCACAGCAGUAUACAGUCGUAGCGUUUUCUUGCAGCUGGAGAAGGAUAUACAUAGUGUAGCUGCCUGCUGCAUCUAAACUGUUUACAAACUUUUUUGUUUUUACUUCUGGAAGUGUUUCCCUGAUCUAGAGGUGUAGAAAGUGCUGUAAAUGUUUUGUCUGGACUUCCUGUACAAGGCCUCGUCACGUUUGCUGUGACAUCACAAAUUGUAACCUGGACUGGCCUCUUUCUUUUCUGCUGCUGAGUUGUAUAAUUUGGAAGUAUAUAUCACGCUGUAUACCUUUAUGUUUUCGUUCUUAUGUUCGUGAGCGUUCGUAGCAGACGACAUACGAGGCGUAGAUAGAAAGUGCGUUGAGACAUUUGUAUUAUUUCGCAAACGAUGUGACGCACACGAAUUGUCGCUUGCUACGGUCGCGCAUGCACAUAAGGACAAAAAAAAGAAGAAAAAAGAGACUAGACAAGAGUCGUGCACAGGUGCGAUCUCGCAUUUGUCCGUCACCGACAUGUCAUACAGCAGAUCGUCAGUCAUAGACACUUUUAGUCGUGUUCAACCUAAGAACUGCACGUUUAAUCCUUGCCCUAUGUAUACUCUUGUUCCUAUUGGCUGCAAUAGCUAGCCGAAUCACUCUACGUCGGGACAAAGUAGUGCGCUGGUACGGUGGCGCUGCAGUACGAUUCCUCCGGCGGAGUAACUCUGUUAUAUCCUCAUAGGGUUGACGGACUACAUUUUGUGUCACUCUUAGGUUGAACACGGGUACAAAGGAUCAGCGCGGGUGUGAUGGUCCUGUAUCCUAGGAAAAGUCAGUUGACGUCAUACGUUAGAGCACUUAAUUCUUUUUCGACAAACUCCUAACAGGGGGCACUCGGAUAUUUUGGAUCAGAGUGGGAGCGCCUUUCACACAUGCUUUGAUGACAUCAACAUUAUGUGUGUGUAGAAAGAUCUCUUCUUCAAUAUCAAAAUGGAGAUGUUGGAAGCGGGAAGCAAACCCGACAAAAGAGGAGGAUGAGAUAUUUCAUUUGGAAAGGCUUCUUUCUUUCUUCUUGAAGGUGCACGAACGUCAGUAAAGUAAGUUAUAUGAGGCGAUUACUAAUGUAAAGGGAAAGGGAGCCUGAAGAAGAUAUGACUCUCCAAAUUCGCAACCUGACCGCAUGUGACAGGAAAAACCGUCAGCUUUGUACUCAUUCAACACGUGUCGUGUUAAGGAAGCGAUGGACCGUCUCUUUAAGGACGAACAGUCUCGCUAUCUGGGCUUGCAGUGAAGUAUCUAGCAUGGGUCACCUCAAAACCCACACGCAUGGAUUUUAUCUAUGAUCGUACAAUCAGUGCCAAGAUAUCAACCCGUGAUGCCAGAACAUACACGUUUAAGGUGACGAGUGCCAAAGGACACUUUGCGAAUCUAUUUUUGACAUGCUGCUUGUAUGGUCCACAUAGAGGUAGGGAGAUUGAGGAAUGUUCUGUCCACUCAUAUGAGUCUCUGUAUACGUUCUUUACUUACUGCCACUUGAGUCUUGUGUGUUGGAAGACAUGUUUUCUAUGUUUAUCUCUGUGUGUACAGUUAAAGAAUGUUACAACAUUC